GCCCUGUGGGCCCGGGCUGGCGGCUGAGGAUCGGGCGGAGGUGGGCGGUGGCCCUGGCCGGUGGCUUCGCAGGCUCCAGCCCGGGUGGUGCUGAGCGAGCGCCGCGCGCUCGCAGUUGGCCUACUCUGGGCCCCCACGGCCCGGCAGCGCUUUCCCGGUGUACCCUGCUUCGCCCUCCAGACGUGCGCCCCUGCCUCCUCCGUCCACGGCCACUCACCUGCUGGCCUGUGUCCCGCCUCUCCCUGUUUUUCUGUGCGUUUCUUCUCUUCCUUGGCCUGUAUUGUCGGCUUCGCUUCGCUCUCCUAUUAUCUUCACCACCGUUCGCUCUUACUCUCUUCUGUCUUCUCAGUCGUUGUCUUGGACUCAACCUGCUCCGUAAAAUGAUGUGCUUAACUGGGUUACUUGAAGGGAGGUGGCGUUCCCCCACGGUACCUGCCCGAUUUCUAAUAGAGCCUCAGCCUUUUCCUCUGCAUUCCAUUGUUGUCUCGGACGAAGCCGAAUGAAAGAAAAUCCCUCCUCCGACAGUUUAAAUGCGUUUUGCUCGCUUUGUUGUACUACCUGAAAAUUGGCUUGCAGUUCAGGAGCUCCAGCCUGGAAGGAUGGUGUGCAUUCCUUGCAUCGUCAUCCCGAUUCUGCUCUGGAUCUACAAAAAGUUCCUGGAGCCGUACAUAUACCCUCUGAUUUCCCCCUUUGUUAGUCGGAUGUGGCCUAGAAAAACUCUUCGAGAAUCUCACGAUAAAAACAAAGGCAAAGUAGACUGCAAGGGCACAGACAUAAAUGGAUUACCAACAAAAGGACCAACGGAAAUCUCUGAUAAAAAGAAAGACUAAAGUGAUUGUUCAAAGGAUCUCAUUGUUUUAAAAAUGGACCUGAUAAUAUGAAGCACCUUGCGUGUAAUUGUCUCUGACCUUUUUCUCUGAGACCAGAAUUUAUUGGGAUAGAUAGCUUAGAUACUUACCUGAUACUAAUCAGGAAAUACAUGAUAUAUAUAUUUAAAAUGUGUUCAGUUAUAUUUAAUGAUCUCAUUCCUGAGUUCCUAUUUCAUUAAAGUAGCUUCCAUUUCUAUUUCCACAGUUAUGAAUAAAUAGAAGGUUUAUGCCAGUAGACACUGCUACUAAAUCAGUACUCAGAAAUCGUUGGGCCUCUAGCUUUUGUUCAGGCUCUUUGAAUUUGAGCAGAGUACAAUGUUACUGUGAAACAGUGCAGUGAGACUGUGCGGAGGAAGGAGAGGGGGUUUGGGGAGAUGAUGAGGACUUGAAACAUAAAGAUAUAAUUACUGUCCAGUACAAUGGAGCAACCUACUUAUGAGAGUAGUAAUUACUGUGUAUUGCUCUGAGGAAAAUAGAAAAGAGGGAAAUCGGGGAAGCGCCUUUGAAAAAUGGAAUACCUUUUACAGAAAUACCUAAUGUAUAUUACAAAAUUCUAAUUCUUGUUGCAUUCCUUCUGUUCUUACAAAGUAUAUUAAAUAUUCAGUUUAG